GAUGACAUUAGAAAAUCAAAUCCUAGUUUUCCAAUAAUUUCCUCUUUUACACUUCGAAUUUUCUCUAAUGGGUUGACUUAGUUCUUCGAGGUUUCUUCAAAUCCGUUGGUUCCGAUUUGAAUUUCAAUUGCAUUUGACAUCUGGGGUUAUUCCCGCUCGCUCUUUUCCUCUGAGGUUUAGAGAUGGGGGCAGAGCACAGGAAAACUCCUAACGAAACUGAUAGCACAGCAAGAGUUUCAGCCCCACCAGGUUUUGCGUAUCUUUCAUCAUUCUUUUUGAAGAAGGUUGAACAUCAAGAAGAAAACAUGAGCUUCAAAACCGCGGAGGAUUUCUCCACACAAAAUAAUGUGCAGGUAGAGACCUCAUCUAAUGUUUUUGAUGUCGAAAAGUUAAAGAAGUCUAUUGGGAAUAGACCGUGGAUACUUAAUGACAAGACCGAUCAAAUUACAAAGGAAUAUCAGUCUGCACAACCUUUUAAGACAACGUCAAGGCAGUGUCUUGGAGAUACAAAAGGAGAUGUCCUUGAAGAGGCACCUGUUUUUCGACCAUCUGAAGAGGAAUUCUGUGACACACUAAAGUACAUUGAGAGCAUACGUCUUAAAGCUGAGCCAUAUGGACUUUGUCGUAUUAUUCCUCCUCCUUCAUGGCAACCUCCAUGCCUAAUCAAAGAAAAGAGCAUAUGGGAAUAUUCUAAAUUUGUUGCCGAGAUUCAACAGUUUGACAGGUCUCCAGCUCAGUCUGAAAUGGGCAAGGAACCCGGUCUAGAAUUCACUCUAAAAAGAUUUAAAAAACAUGCAGAUGAUUUCAUUCAGCACUAUUUCUUCUCCAAGGAUGUGGGUCAUGUUAAUUGCAAACGGGAGGAGCUGUCAGUAGAGAGCAUUGAGGGUGAAUAUAGAAAGAUUGUUGAAAAUCCCUCUGGAAAAUUAGAGGUGCUAUAUGGUGAUUUAGAUACUGCAACAUUUGGCAGUGGGUUUCCAAUGGCAUCAAAUACUGGAGAAUCAUGUAAUAAAUACAUUCGGUCAAGCUGGAACUUAAAUAAUGCACCUAAGCUUCCUGGUUCUCUUCUUUCUUUUGAAAGUGAUAAGAAUUCUAGUGUGUCAGUGCCUCAUCUACGUAUAGGAAUGUGCUUUUCAUCACUUUACUGGAAGAUUGAAGAACACCAUUUAUACUCAAUAAGUUACUUGCAUGUGGGUUCUCCAAAAAUUUGGUAUGGUGUCCCUGAGAGAUAUUCCUUCAAGUUUGAGACUCUUAUGAAGAAGUACUUUCCAGAUUUGCUAGGCAAACCGUCUAAGCUUCAUGGAGUGAUAACAAGACUUUCUCCGUUCGUGUUCAAGUCCAAGGGUGUACCUGUCUACCGCAUUAUCCAAUAUCCUAGGGAGUUUGUCCUGGUUUUCCCAGGAGCCUAUCAUUCAACAUUUGAUUGUGGGUUUAAUGUUGCUGAGGCAGUUACUUUUGCUCCUCUUGAUUGGUUACCUCAUGGGCAGAAUGCUGUAGCACUCUAUCAAUCACAUGGAAGGAAAACAUCAAUUUCCUUUGAUAAAUUGUUGAUUGGAGCAGCAAGAGAAGCAGUGAAGGCACAAUGGGAACUCAUUCUGUUAAAGAAGAAUACUAUUGACAAUUUAAGGUGGAAAGGUUACUGUGGAAAGAAUGGGAUCUUAACUGAAACACUCAAGUCACGUGUCAAGCAGGAAGGUAUGAGAAGGGAAUACCUCUGUAGCACCUUUCAGACAAAGAGGAAGGACAAAAACUUCAAUUCUACUAGCAAAAGGGAAUGUAGCAUAUGUUACUUUGAUUUGCACCUCUCAGCAGUGCACUGUUCAUGUUCUUCUGAUAGAUAUUUGUGUUUAAAUCAUGCAAAGCGGCUUUGUUCUUGCACAUGGACAGAAAAGAUUUUCCUCUACAAGUACGAAAUCAACGAAUUAAAUAUGCUUGUUGAAGCAGUGGAAGGAACAUUGAGUGCGGUGCAUGCAUGGGCUAGAGAGGACCUGAAUUUGGGUCUUCGCCACUACACUCCCAAGGAAAAAUCAUUCAGAGAAGAUGAAGGAAAAAAAGCGCACAAGCUCCAAGAUGCAGUAACGUCAUAUGGCAAUGGUUUGAGUGCUGUUUCUUCCAUCAAGGCAGAAAUAAAGGCCCGUAUACAGCAAUUACAGUGCCUGCAUGAACGAAAAUCAAAAGAGGAGAUGGUAUCAACUCCUUCCCUUCCAAGGAUGACUCAAGAUGAUACUUCCUUGUUACUUAGAGAGGUGAUGCCAGAAGAUUUAUCAUCAACUUCCUCAGAAUCGGAUGACACAACAGACCUUGACCUUGAUGAUGGAGGAAAAGGAUGCGUCUUAUCUACCUUAAGUUCAAGGCCUUCACCUAGUCAGCCUGCAAGUGAAAGAGAAGUGACAUUAUCUCAACGAAGGAGGCCUCCUAAAAGAAAAGUCACAUUAUCUGAGCUUCUAAAAGAUAAUUCCAGUGAGCAUGGUACAGCGAAACAUUUUAAAUCUACUUCCGAAGGACUACCUAUGAGCCAUCCAGCUUCCAAGAAACGAAAAAAGAAGUAAAUCUGAACUGACUCUACAACUAGUGUAGGCCUCGAAAACAAUGGUUGAAGUAUCUACAUGGGUAUAUAUAUCAGCUAUUCAAAUGUACAUCGUAGAGCAACAUUAGUUCAAAGUCGUCAUAGGAAAUGAUAUAGAGCCUUUUCACCUUUUCUGUUAUUUGCUUGCUGUGUUGCCUAUCUUGCUGCUCUAGAACUUUUACCUGUUAUUCAAUGAAAACGAAGGGGAAACAUGUACUGUAAGUCAGAUUUGCAGUCUUUAGGACAUGGAAGUCAGAUUAUCGACAUUGUUUUUUGAAGGAGUUCAAAUAAUAUACUUCAGAUGGUAGAAAAUUUUGGUAA